CCUCAGAGCACCCAAGUCAACCUCCUCUCAGUAUCUCACAUUUUUAUUUUGUGAAGCAGAAAGAGAAGCACCAAAGAUGAAGCUGUGGUUGGUUGGAUUGGGGCUUGCCCUUCUCUGCACCGUCAAUGCUGAAUCUGAAUGUUCUCUAGAUCACACCCAGUUGGACGGGACAUGGUUUAUGAAUCUCUUUGCAACUGACUGCGAGCACAUGUUGAAGCACAAGGGCAGUGUGAAGAUGUUGGUCAGUCAUAUCAGCAGCACAAAUGACAAAGUAAAGAUCAGCACGAAAUUCCCUGGCAAGAAAAAUGGAUGCAAGAAGAUCGAAUUGGAGCUUCAGAAACUGGAUGAUGGAACCUUCUACCACUCCUCAGAAUGGGGUACCACAAAAAAGAUGGAAGUUAUGGCUACAGAUUGUGAAACAUAUGUCCUGAUCCGUGCAACAAUGGAACACCGUGGGAAGAUCUCAAAUCAUCUGGGGUUGUAUACCAAGGAACCUGAAGUAACUCCAGAGCUUAAGGAGAAGUUUUUGGAAAGUGCCAACAAUUCAGGAUUCACAGAUGAGCAAAUUUUCACUCCCCAUGAAGUGGCCUGUCCAGAUGAGGAAUAGGGGGAGAAGGUGUCUGAUGCCAGUGUACCAGAAGAUGCCAGCAUCAGCUCAUAAGAAGUUAUUUCCUGUGCCAUGUGGUUUUGACCUUUGCCCAGUCUUGGGACAGAAGGCUCCUCAUGCUAUUAAUAAAUAGAUUUAGAAAUUGCAUCCCAA